AUGGAAAACACACAAUUCAACAAGCCAAGACUCUCCUUUGGAAUCGACGCUAUCUUGGGGCUGGAGGCUUCGACCACUCUACUGCCAAGCCCCCCCAGCAGCCCCUCCAGGGUGAGUUCAGAUGACAGCUGCAGCUCUGAGGACUCGGUAAAGGGUGACGUCUCCCCCAGACCAACACACCAGCCCUUAACACCUCCCGCCUGCCACCCUACACCCAAAUCCCCUCACCACCAUCCACACCGCUACCAGCCUUACGCCCGUCUUACUCAGCCCAGUACAGUACGCGUCUACCUGUCCGGGCCUGUCUUGCGCCGCCACAAGCCUAACAGGAAGCCUCGCACCCCUUUUACCUCAGAACAGCUCCUGGCGCUGGAGAAGAAGUUCCGGGAGAAGCCGUACCUGAGCAUCGCCGAGAGGGCCGAGUUCUCCGCCUCCCUCAGCCUGACGGAGACGCAGGUCAAGAUCUGGUUCCAGAACCGACGCGCCAAGGACAAGCGGCUCAAGGAGGCAGAGGUUGAACGUCUGACUAGGCCUCUGUACCCGGCCUACGGCGGCCUCCUGCCUCUGGGAGGCCACCUUUCUGCCCUCAGACUCCAUCAGCCCAUGAUACCCUUCUUCAGAUGA